GGAAACUGCCUGGUGCGGGAGGAGGUUGCCAUUUCUCAGAAACCUUGACGAACACCUAUAAAGGUGUCUGCGUAGAGAUUCCUCUUGUCUUGUGUUGCUCCAUUGUCAAGUGUCAAGAUAUCUGCAAUGACGAGCUUCAGAGGCCUCUGUUUCGUGGGAACCAUAUUCGCAGUUUACAUCCCAGCCAGUCACCAGACAAAGGACGGUACGCCGUUGGAAACUUUCUUCCAACAACUCACGGAAUCAUCUAUCCUGAUGAAGCAGUGCUAUCGAAACGGAACCAGUCUAGAACCACAAGAUGCAGUCAAUAUUACCGUCAAUUGGGACGGCGCAAGGUACAAGGAAAACGACUUCACGACGGACAGCACCUUGUGUUUCGCAAAGGCCUCUCAUCCUGACGAGUUCCAAUGCACAACAUUCAUAGCUAAAUAUAACCGCAACACGGACAGCGCCUCUAUCACAGGAAAAGGAAAAGCAGUCAAGCUUUCCCUUCUUCGAUACAACGGCAAGGCUUACUUCUUCAAGCAACAUGCACCAAGAGCUACAAGUUUCAAGAUCUAUGACACAGACUUCAGUUGUGUGAAUGCUCUCCAGCUCUUCCAGAGUCUUAGCGAGUCCCAUGGUGAUCUGGCUACCAUUGCCUGAAAAGUCUUAUGAGUUGCAGAAGCCUAAUGUUGAGAUUAGUAAAUAUAUAGCCACGUG